GGAGGAAAGGACAUUAAACUAGGCCAGAAAGUGCUUAUCUCACCUGUUCUCGGCACGGCAGUGGUCGAAGUAGUCGUCGACGAUCUUUCCGUGGUUUGUGCCUUAACACCAAAUGUUCGACCUUCGAUACGAUUUGCAACGGGUGCAGUAGUGGUGGUACUAGUGGUGCUAGGUGAUGUAGAUGCUUCACUGGUGGUCGUGGACGUUUCCGUCGUGGAUGCAGGGGUAGAGCUUUCAGUAGUGCUCAGAAAUUCUGUGGUGGUAGAGGUUGCCUCAGUGGUGGUGGUGGUGGUGGUGGUAACUUCGGGGGUGGUAGUGGUAACUUCGGCGGUGGUGCUGGUAGCACUGGUGGUUUCAGGGGUGUUAGUCGAAGAAGAUGAAGUUGAAGUAGAUGUAGAAGAAGUCAAUUCUUCAGUGGUAGUCGUGGGUGCAGAUGUGGUGCUAGUGGUCUCUUCUGGGGUAGUUGUUGUCUCUAGCGUGGUUGUUGUGAAAACCUGGUACGAGAAUUACAUGCAUGAAAAAAGACGACAGGAAAGUUAA